AUGUCCUCUCCGACCGUCUUCGUCUGCGGCGCCACUGGUACCCAGGGCGGCGCUUUGAUCGACCAUCUGCUCAAGGCCGAUGUCAAAAUACAUGCCGUUACGCGCACUCCCGACUCGGCUGCUGCCCAACUUCUUAAAUCGAUCGGCGUUCUUAUCACGGAGGGCGAUUUUGACGAUGAUUCCAUCAGAAAGCCCAUGGCCAAUUGCACAAGCCUUUUCCUGAACUUGAUGCCAUCGUUGACAGAUUUGAACGCAAGUCUCGAACAAGCAUGCCGACUUCUCAAAAUUGCCAAGGAAGCUGGCAUCAAGCAAGUCAUCUAUACCAGCGGAUUGUCUGCCAAUGAUCCCCAACGCCUCAAAUUAUGGGAUCCGACCAGCAUCAUUAGCACUAUGAUCCUCAACAAACAUGCUAUUGAAAACGAAAUUCGCAAAGCGGGAUUUGAAAGCUGGACAAUUUUGCGCCCGGGUAACUUCAUGAACAACUACUUAUUCCCGAAGACAAUGAUGUAUCCGGACUUCACGAAGACCGGAGUAUUCACCACUGCUUUCGCUCCGGAUACCUUGUUGCCCAUGGUUGAUCCCAACGACAUCGGCCAGUUUGCAGCAGCAGCAGUCUUCGACCCCAUCAAGUUCAACCACCAAGAAAUUGAGAUCGCUUCGGAAUUUUUGGGAGUCGACGCCAUCAUCCAGUCUUUAUCCCGUGCCACUGGAAGGGAGAUGAGCAUUGUCUAUAUGUCAGAUGAGGAAAUCAGCGAACAAAAGGCUACCAAUCCCUUCAUUGCUGGUCAACUCAUGGCCCGUGAUCUAAGGUCAUUUGUGAAUUUGGACGAAGUCAAGGCGUGGAAUAUUCCACUGGGAACCUUCGAGAAAUUCUUGCAGCGAGAGAAAUCCAAUGUUGAUGCAACAUAUCUUUGA